AUGAGAGGUGCAGUGCCAGUGCAUCCAGAGCCUGCAAAGUCAUCGUCGCCAUCGCCAGGGGUCAAAUUCCUUGGAAGUCAGGGCUUAGGAGAUGGCACGCACAGUCGGAGUGCCACGAGUCCGAGGAAAAAACCGAAGGAGCCAGAGCGCAAACCGCAGCAGAUCCAAUGGAAGCAGAUCGUGCAGAGAAUCAAGAAAUUCAAAUUGAGAGAUCCAGAAAGGAUGGCCUGGAUUCGGAUGAAGAGUCGCCGGCUUGCUAGCAGCUGGAGAUUCACCGUGCUGACCACGGCCCUCACGAUCUAUGCGCUUUUCGGCGAUGAUUUUCGCCUUUGUGUGACGCACAAACAAACGGAUGAGCUCUUCAACGCUCUAACCCUCUUCUCUUGCCUCGUUUUUGGCGCGGAGAUUGUGGCGAAUAGUCUUGGCCAAGAAGAAUAUUUUCUUGGAUUUUUCUUUUGGCUAGAUGUGGGUGCUACAGUUACACUGGUCUUUGAUUUGACCUGGGUUUCCAAAGAACUUUUCUGUGCUUCAUCAGAAGGAGAGGAGGCUCUGAAGACCAGCCGUGCUGGCCGUGCUGGAGCUAGAGCAAGCCGAACGGUUCGGAUUAUUCGGCUCAUGCGGCUUGUCAAGCUCUACAAGGCUUAUUGGGUGGCAAUGGAGAAACGGAAAGAGGAGGAAGCCAGGAAGCAGCGCCUGCUGGAGUUGAAGCCUGGUGAGACCAUCCCGGAGGCGUCCGACUCCAAAACAAUAAGUGAAUUCAAUGUCCGACAAGAAGGAGAAGACGAGGAUGACUUGGAUGAUGAGAACACCAAGCAAGAAGACCAGGAAGAACCGAAGCAAGAGACCCGCGUGGGCAAAAAGCUUUCGGACAUGACAACUCGUCGUGUGAUCGUCUUGGUUUUGGUCAUGCUGCUGGUCCUCCCGCAGUUUGACCCCUCCGGCAAUGUGGGCAUUUCCUCCUCAGACUUUCAGGACUCGGCCAAAUUUGCCUCGAGCAUGAUUUUCGAGAGGUGGCGAGAUUGGUGUGGCAACUCCAAUGUCUCGGUGAAGCCGUGGUGUAUGGAGAGUUUGGCCACCCCAACGGAGAAUCAAGAGCUUCACUACAGAAAUCGUUAUGAACUGGAGGUGGCUUUGCUGCAGUUUUUGCACAUCCACAUCUCUGGCGGCUUUUUGUUCAGACUGUACUGGAUAGGCGCCAUGUCCACAUUGUGGGCAGACUCUGCAUAUUUGGGACAGUUGGCACCUUUGAAUCAAGAACGCUGGCUGGGCACGGACCUGCGUGUGAAUUCAGCCAACUUAGAUACCACUUGGGAUACCACCUACGUGCGGAAUGACUUCUACCAGGGACCCGUCGGCUCUACGAUCCCUUCUGCCACCAAGCAGAGGCUGAUCAACGUAUGGACGGAAGAGUGUCAGACUGCCGUCGGUAUUGUUGUGCAACCAGAAGUGAGGGCCAUGGUCUCCACUGGAUGCUCCAUCACCGAAGAGCUACGCUGUUCAGAGGUGGAGUAUGUGACCCCCCUUACCUUCAGUUCAGAGGAGAGUGGUACCUUCUCCUUCGUGUUUGCCUUUGAUCAGCGGGGCUUCACCCAGCUCGAGGCUGGGCUUAGCAUUGUACAGACUCUCUUCAUUUGCUUCGCGGUGGGUGUUGGUGCCAUGACCUUCUCCAAGGAUGCCAAUGAGCUCCUUCUGAAUCCGAUAGAACGGAUGAUUGAGAAGAUGGAAACCAUCAAAGACAAUCCAUUGGAGGCUAUGCGUUUGGGAGAUCUCGAAUUCCGACGAGAAGAAGUGGAAGAGGCUCGCUUCCGAGACAAGCUCUCACAGAUGAGCCGGCCUUGGCAGAUCCUCUACAAGUACAGACAUGCAAAGAAGUACAAGGAGCCUAUGGAAACCGUGAUGCUGGAGAAGACCAUCAUCAAGCUCGGUGGAUUACUGGCGCUGGGCUUCGGUGAAGCUGGUGCCGAAGUCAUCGGGCAGAACAUGAAGGUCAGCGCCACGGCUGGAGUCAACGCAAUGGUGCCCGGUUCAAAGGUAGACGCCAUCAUUGGCUUUUGCAACAUCCGACACUUCAUGGAAGCCACAGAAGUUUUAAAGGAAAAAGUGAUGCUUUUUGUGAAUCAAGUUGGAGAGAUUGUGCACGGCUGUGUUGAUGAUUUCCACGGAGCACCCAAUCGGAACAUUGGCGAUGCUUUCCUAGUGAUAUGGCGGCUCUCAGGCAGCUCAGAAGAAAAACAGACGAAGCUGGCUGAUAUGGCUCUCAUGUCAUAUGUGAAAAUCAUUGCAGAGAUCAACAAGUCCAGAAUUCUAGCAGGAUAUAGGUGGCAUCCAGGCUUUCAAUACCGCAUCCAGGACUUCCGAGUUUCUAUGGGCUUCGGACUGCACCACGGAUGGGCCAUUGAGGGCGCGAUUGGCAGCGAGUACAAGAUCGAUGCUUCCUACUUGUCGCCAAAUGUCAGCGUUACUGCGAAGCUGGAGGCUGCUACUUCCCAGUUUAAAGUCUGGAUGCUCCUCUCCCACAGCAUGGUACAUAAAUGCAGUCACGAGGUGGCAUUGAGUUGCAGGCUCAUUGACCACGUCACUGUCAGCGGCUCCCGGAUUCCGAUGCGAGUCUACACCAUGGACCUUGACACUCGAAGGAUUGCCGUCGAGGAGAAAGGCCCAGACAGGAUCAUCAGGAAUCGCUUCAAGAUUCGCCAACUUCGAGAAGUUCGAAAGGGCGAAAAGAUGGCGGAGGACUACCGGGUCUGGGAUGGGAUGACCAACAAUCCGGAUGUGAUGAAGAUGCGUGCACUUUUCUCCGAAGAGUUUUUCCAGCGCUUUCACAUGGCCUAUCGAAAUUACGAGGCUGGUGAAUGGUUGGCUGCAAGGGAUAUGCUCUUCACUUGCCACUAUCAACCACGUGCAGACAUUGGAAGGCGGUUGGUCCAAUCGGAGGCAGAUUGGCCAGAAGAUGGUCCAACGGUGACGCUGCUGAAAUUCAUGCAACAGCGGAACUUCCAAGCACCCAGUGAUUGGCCGGGCUACCGAGAGCUGCCGGAGUAG